AUGGUCGACGAAGAAAAUACUAAGGUGGUUGUUGCCUCCUCCAGCGCUACCGUUGAAAGUGAUGAAAAGCACGGUCGGGGAAUAAUACAAGAUGGAGCUAUUAACCAAGGUCGUGAUGAGCCCGUUAUAUGUCGGGACCUUGUCACCAAGAAGACGAUUGGUGAAGGAUUUCAUUUGCAUGGGCUCUACUAUUUUUCUCCCGAUUCUCAAGCUUUCAAAAGUUUUCAAGUCUGUUUCCUCUCCUAUCAAUGA